AAAACAUCUAAAACCCUUAAUUGUUAAAAUGAUGGUUAAAUAAAAAGAUCUUUACCUGGUGCCAGAAGGAGUAUAACGGCACCAGGUGGACCUCUCUGGGGAGCGCAUUCCAUAGUCUGGAAUUUAGAUCAACUCCUGUUGAUGGUGCUUGAGCAGGAGACAAAUUAUUGUGAAUUAAUCUAAAUUCCACCUUCAGCUAUCAUUUGGAAAGCAAUUAAGUGUUUCCUGUGCCUUGGGAUGCUUGUCUGUAUGCAAAGGACCUCAGGCAGUCAACAUUUUGCCAAGCUCCCAAGCUCAUGUAAAUCUCUUCUCUUAGUUAUCUUGCAACAUGCAUUACAACAUGCUGGUAUUUAGUUGAAAGUUCCAACAAUUUUAGUCUUCAGCCCCCCACAUGCGCAGUAGUCUGUUUUAUGACUCUUAUGCAAAAUUCUACACAUUCCACAAGUUUCUCCAAUUUGGAGCUAGGUUUUCUGAAGGAUCAUUUCUUCCCGUAUUUAUUUGUCCUGUACCCAAAGGUCAUCUUCAGAAGCCCUCCUUUGGGUUCUCCCCCAAAUGAGGUCAAGUGGGUGGCCACUAAGGAAAUGGCCUUUUCAGGGCUAGCACACCAGUUCUGGAAUGCCCUGGCCAGAAAGGCUUCCCUGAUCAGCUGAAGAACUUUGUAUUAUUCCAGAAUCUUUAGCUCUUCCGUUAUGUUUGUAAGCAUAUUCUUGUGUUUUCAGUUUUACAUUGCUUUUGCUCUGGCUCUUACUCUGGUUUUAUUUCGUCUUCAGCUAAAAGGAUUAAUAUUAUUUGCCAUCGUGUUGCAUUUUAGGGUUUCAAUUUUUGUGAACAACCCAGAAGUCUUUGACUAUUGGUCAGUAUAGAAAUAUAAUUAAUAAUUAAUAAAUGAUAUAUCUAUGUUUCUUAUUACGUUUUCUCAGUAGUAUGUAUUUAUUUUUCCCUUUUCAGAAUUAUUUUUAGAAGGUUCAUACCCAGCAAGGACAUUGGAAAGGAUGGGAUUUUUAUGCCAAUCCAGGUACCUAACUCAAAUAAUUAAAUCAUUCAACAAAUAUGCUGAGCAGAUUGAGUUUACUUUUUAAAUGAAGCUUUGGAGUCUAUAUGUACCUCGCUAAGCAGUGUAAAAGUGUAAAAGAUCAGUGUAAAAGAUCCAGCACUGUACCUGUGUGAAUUCCUCACCUUCUGACUGUAUACCUGCCUUCCUUAUAAGGGAAACAAGGAAGUAAAAUAAGAACAUUCCAUAUCCAUGCUGAUUACCUUACGCACAGCUUGCCGUCCACCUACAAGUUCCUACCUACUCUGCUUUGUCUGUAUCAGUACAGUGUUCAGGUAAUCAGGAGGUUUCUUCUAAAACCUGAAGGCUUAAACAAUACAUAGGAAGACUUGAUGACUUCUGAAAGGUUCUGCACUGAUCUCAUACUGGACGUACUUAAUGCCUGAUAUCUUUUGUACAUGCAGCUACAACUGAACGACGAAUGGGAAUGAAAUUGCUUUACGUCUUUUUCCUGUUUCUGCAAAGAGAUAAAGUACAAGGAGAUUGUGAUCCAGGGAGUGCAGUGAACUGUGAAGAAUGUUUGCUUGUUGGACCACACUGCGGCUGGUGUUUUCAAGAGAAUUUUACCGACCCAUCUAAAGUUCAUGUAAGGUGUGACACCCCUGAAAACCUGAUUUCGAAAGGAUGCCAGCUGGAUUUAAUUGAAUUCCCCAUUUCUAAAGUUGUAAUCCACAAAAACAAGCUCUUGAGUGAAGGGCCACAGAAAAACAACUCAGAUGUUACACAGAUUUCUCCUCAGAAGCUAACUGUUGCACUGCGGCCAGGAAAUGAAGAAACAAUUCAGGUCAGUGUUCGUCAGACUGAAGAUUAUCCAGUUGACCUCUACUACCUAAUGGAUCUUUCAGCUUCCAUGAUUGAUGAUCUGCGAACUAUAAAGGAAUUGGGUUCUACUUUGUCCAAGGAAAUGUCUAAACUUACAAGUAACUUUCAGCUGGGGUUUGGGUCUUUUGUAGAAAAACCAGUUUCGCCGUUCAUCUACACUACGACAGAAGAAAUAAAGAACCCAUGCUGGAGUACCAAAAGCAACUGCUCACCAACAUUUGGAUACAAGCACAUUUUGUCACUGACAAAUGAUGCUGAAAGAUUCAAUGAAAUUGUGAAAAAGCAGAACAUUAGUGGGAAUAUAGACAAUCCAGAAGGAGGAUUUGAUGCAAUUAUGCAGGCUGCUGUCUGUAAGGAAAGAAUUGGUUGGAGAAAUGAUUCAUUACAUCUCUUAGUGUUUGUGAGUGAUGCUGAAUCCCAUUUUGGAAUGGAUAGUAAACUAGCAGGAAUUGUUAUUCCAAAUGACGGAGAAUGCCACUUGGAUGACAAUAACGAAUACUCCAUGUCAACUGUGUUGGAAUAUCCAAGCUUGGGUCAGUUAAUAGAGAAGAUUGUACAAAACAAUGUCUUACUAAUUUUUGCAGUAACGAAGGAACAGUUUCCUUUGUAUGAGAAAUAUGCUGACCUUAUACCUGGAGCUACUGUUGGGCAACUCUAUAAGGACUCUGGAAAUGUCCUUCAGCUGAUUAUUGAUGCAUAUAAGGCACUCCGGUCUGAAAUCGAGCUAGAGGUGUUUGGAGACACAGAUGGACUGAACCUGGCUUUCACUGCCAUCUGCAACAACAGGACCGUCCUUCCACACCAGAAGAAAUGCUCUCACAUUAAAGUGGGAGAAACUGUCACUUUCAAUGUGACUUUAAGCCUUUCUACUUGUGACAAGGGUGGAAGGAGGGUCCUCAUUAAGCCCGUGGGCUUGAAUGAAGCUCUGGAAAUUGAUGUCCAGCCCAAAUGUAGCUGCAAUUGCCAGAAGGACGCAGAGGCGAACAGCUCCAGGUGCAACAACGGCAACGGCUCCUUCGAGUGUGGCGUGUGCACUUGCAGCCCUGGCUACUUGGGCCCUCACUGUGAAUGCAGCGAAAAAGACUCGCUGAGUGCGGAUUCCUGCAAGGCUCACCCAGAAUCAGCCUCUUGCAGUGGGAGAGGGGACUGCUACUGUGGGCAGUGCGUUUGCCACCUGUCAGCGUAUGGGAAUAUUUAUGGGCCCAACUGUGAAUGUGACGAUUUCUCCUGUGUCAGGUUUAAAGGACUGUUGUGUGGAGGCAAUGGAGACUGUGACUGCAGCCACUGUAUCUGCCACGCCGGCUGGACUGGCGAAUAUUGUAGCUGCAGCACUGAGACAGAGAGCUGCAUUUCGGGAGAUGGCACCAUCUGCAGCGGGAGAGGAGAAUGCGUUUGUGGCAAAUGCGUGUGCACAGAUCCUGGGGUUUCCGGUAGCACUUGUGAAAAAUACCCUACCUAUAACGACCCGUGCAGUUCUAAACGGAGCUGUGCAGAAUGUUAUUUAGCGUCUAAUGAACAGUCACCAGAAGACUGUGUGGAAACCUGUAAACUGGUUGAUGCAACUGUCAGCACUGAAGAAGAUAUCAUGGAAGAUAAAUUUGUUCCUUGUUUGUUACGAGGGGAAAAUGAAUGCGUAAUCACAUAUCUCAUGGCAACUGAUGAACAGGGAAAAACAACCCUUCACAGCAUAAAGCAAAAAGACUGCCCACAACCUCCGAAUGUUACAAUGAUUGUGAUGGGUGUUUCUAUUGCGAUCAUCGUCACUGGGGUUUUCUUGAUUUGCAUGUGGAAAUUGUUCAUUUCAUUUCAUGACCGGAAAGAAGUUGCGAAAUUCGAAGCAGAGCGAUCAAAAGCCAAAUGGCAAACAGGAACAAACCCAUUGUACAAAGGCUCAACGACAACAUUCAAAAAUGUAACAUACAAACAAAAAGAAAGGCAGCCAGGAUCCCCUGCAGAUAUUUAUUAGGACUCCGAAUAUUAUGGGACAGACAAUAGUUUUGGAAAUACUAGGAAAGAACAUUCGCUGCAUUUGUUCUAAAUUUGUUUGCACUGCAAUUGUUAACAUACUGUAGUAAAGAGGUUGAGAACCUCUUUCAGUCAGAGGCCAAAUUCAGUUUUGGAAAAGUGCUUGGGGACUGCCAUCCAGUGAUGGGUGAGGCCAAAGAUAAUGGGGCAGAACCAAUAAUGCAAAAAAUGGUAGCUUGUUUCUACUGCCAGCAACUAACUUUCAGACGAAGCAUUUCAACCUUUGACAUGGGCUGAAAAUCCAUGCCCAAAGCAGUCAUCCACCAAAUGCUUGGUGACUGGGUGAAAGGGGUGGAGUCAGAAGGGGGAAUCUCUGCAAGACCAGUUGGGACCCUCCUUCUCAGCUUUGCAGUCCCAGCUAUAAUGGUAGAAUAGUUUGAGUGGAGAGAAUGCAUGAUUUUCAUGAUUGGAGGUCUUCUAGAAUAAUGGCUUAAUUUGCUAGGCCUGGAGCAUUAGAUGUCAAGCGCUGAUAUUGGAAAACAUGCAAGCCUUACAGAGAGGGUCAGCGGCAGCAUUUGGAAAGGUCAGGCAGCUGUCAGCAGCACCACAGGGGCAGGGGGCUCAGCAUGCAGGGGAAUCAGAGACAGCCUGGCCUCCUGCCAGAGGCUCCAGCAGGUCAGGAAGAGAGAUGGAAUCCUUGAAAGCAGAACAGCAGGGGAUGAGGGCUGAGCCGAAACCUCUGCCUGCAUCCUGGAGGUUUGCCACUCCUGCUUGGAAUGUUAAAAAAAAGUAGCUUUUUGGUUAGGGGUGUGUGCACGGACGCGCGUGUGUGUGUGUGUGUGUGUGUGUGUGUGUGUGUGUGUGUGUUAUCAUACUAUGGUAUUUUGGUGAGCAGGGUUCUCCAAAGCAAACUUUCUCUGCAAAUUACUCAUACUAUGAAUCCAUUGCACAUUUGACAAAGACACUGGAAAUGUAGUUAGUUAUCUUCAGAGCAAUAGUUCUCAUCCAAGGCUGGACCUUAAAUGAGGUUAUAACAUUAUCCAUAAACAUUAUUACUCAGUGGAGUCCCUUGGGCAUUUUGUUGUGGGUUUUUUAAUGGUUAGAUUCAUGUGUGAAUGCAUGCAUUAAAUAAACAAAUACUCUGAAUUUUCA